UCAAAUCGGAAUAGCCCAACUCCUCAAUCGCCUUCUGUCUCGAAAGCAGAGCCACGAUCAAGCACGCAAGAUGGCUCAUAUUGGUGCCCUCCCAAAGAUCCAUCGAUACAUCACCGCGCAUGAUGACCGAGGCAAAGCUAUCUUCAGCAAAGCCUUCAACGAGGAGAGCAAGAUGAAACCGAACGAUGACGGUAUCGCCUUUGCCCUCAGUUACAGCACGAAAGGAUUUCCAGUUGAGAUGGACGACGAUAAAGACCUGGAUGUAUAUGGCGAGAAGCUGAAAAAUCCUCCGGGACUUGUGGUAUCGGGCGGCACGGUGCUUCGCCAUGUGGACAUUCCUCCUGAUACAGCGUGUACGAUGCACCGGACAGUAAGCUUGGACUACGGAUGUGUUCUCGAAGGCGAGGUCGAGCUCCUACUCGAUAGCGGUGAAAAUCGAACGAUGAAGCGGGGAGAUGUCGCGAUUCAGCGAGGAACUAUGCAUCAGUGGAUCAAUCACAGCAAGAUAGAGUGGACAAGGAUGCUCUUCGUGUUGCAGGGGAGUAAGCCUUUAAGCAUCGCGGGGGAAGAAGCCGGCGAACAUCUGGCGGGCAUGGCAGGAGUGCGUUCUUCUGACUGAUGGGACCCUCAAUAGUGUUGGAGGCCGAUGAAUGGUAGUGAGGCACAAUGCGAUUUGAGUAUUCUC